GUUAUUUACGUUUUACCGAGAUUUAGCUAAUGGCCUCCCGACGGUAAAAGGUCUGAGAAGGUUGAUAUAUCGCAUCUUCAUCUUCUUUUUAUCGUCUUCUGGUAGUCGUCAGGAUUACAUUCAGAGAAGGUGUACAUAUACUCUAAAUUCCCGUGAAUGUAUCAUAAUUGGACUACAUAGUUAUUAGACCAAGUGCGUUGAUUGCCAUCUAGACAAGAUGUGAACACACUCUCAAGGUGGAUGUAUUUCUGGCGGAUCCUUCAUCUUCAGCGGCUGGCAAAACAACAAUAUCUUCUGUAUUCUAGCAGAGCUGUUAUUUAAGGACUCUUAGGAAUCACGUAGGGACGAGGGAGGCUUAGUGGACAUCCUUUCUGCUCUCUUUCUCUCUGGCCAGAGGAUCAGCAGCUAAGAUAAGAGAUGUCAUCACAGAAGGAAAACGUCCCCAUUCCAUGUGGAGUUGAACUGUCCAUAGGGGAUAUUGAGAAAUCUGGUUAUCUGCGCAAGCUUAAGACUAUGCGGAAGAAGUACUUUGUGCUGCGCUCUGAGAGUAUCACAGGCCCAUCACGACUCGAGUACUAUGACAACGAGAAGAAGUUUAGACUGGGUGGAGAAGCCAAAAGGACCGUCCCUCUCUCUGCCUGCUUUAACAUCAACAAGAAGUCCGACGCCAAACACAAGCAUGCCAUCGCCCUCUAUACGAGAGACGACUGCUUUUCUCUGGUUGCGGAUGAUGAGGAGUCGAAGCAGGAGUGGUUAAGGGUGCUGUUGGAGCAGCAGAGGGCAGGAGGAGAUGGCAAACCUGUACCUGCAUUCGAGCAUGUUUGGCAGGUAACGGUGAAGCCUAAAGGUCUGGGGUCUAGCCGCCAGCUGAGUGGCAUCUACAGACUUUGUCUUACCACAUCAACCAUCAGCUUAGUCAGGAUGAACUCAGAAAAUGAAGGAUUAGAGUUCUCAUUGUCAGCCAUACGUCGUUGCGGUCAUUCAGAUUGUUUCUUCUUCAUGGAAGUCGGGCGGCAGUCAGUGACAGGUCCAGGAGAACUAUGGAUGCAGGUUGAAGAUACUGUCAUUGCUCAGAGCAUUCAUGAGGCAUCAUUAGAAGCCAUGCGUUCCGUGAAGCAGCAGGAAGAGAUGCGCCCUCGCAGUCACAGCAGCACCAUGAGCUCCGGGAACCCAGGAUCCGAUUCCAAGUCCCACUCGGCCUCGGGGAGUCGACGUCAGUCCAACACGCUGGGACCAUCCUGGAGGACCAGGUGUGAUAGCAUGCCUGUGCCAAACCGUGCGAUGCCAGGGUCCAGGUCCGGGUCCAGGUCUAGGGGGAACAGCGAGGGGGAGGAUGGGCAGUCAAAGGAAGAGCAUGCCAUAGCUAGUAGCAGUAGCCCAGUCAGUAACCUAACCAACUCAGUGAUGCGACCACGGACAUGCAGCGAAGGCGGCGGUGGACAUUCGACUGUACCUCGGGCAAGAUCAAGCCUUCUCAAGUUUGGUAAUAAGCUCCGCCCACGGACAUCUAGUGAAGGAGAGAAGGGCAUGAAAGCUCCCGACAGUCCGACAAAGACGAGGGGACGAUUCUCCAUUCCGUCAUUGACAUCCAGAAGUAGUCUCAGUAGUGGCCCCAUCAGACCCCUUAGCGUUCACCGAAUGGUAGCCCAGCCUAUGUCCAACUCACCACCAAUACCCAACAGUCCUCUUAGUGAAAGCCCACAAAGUUAUCUUGAUGAACGUUAUCAAUCUGAAGGACACAGUUCAGAUGAUCAUUACUUUACCAGAUUUGGAAGCAGCGGGGGGCGAAGUCGUACACCAGACUCACCGUCUCAUGUAUCAAUCAGAGAAGAAUCACAGGAGGCUAACGAUGAAUAUAUGAGUAUGUCGCCCUCUGCAGCCUCGAAAGCCUUACCCGUACCCAGAAAUUUGGCCCACAGCCCCCACCUUCACCAUCAUCGACUGUCCCCUUCCCAGGCCAAUAGAAGGGCGUCCUCCCCCGCCAUUUCCUCCCCCUCCUCUAGCCCCUCCCUGGCCCCUGGGAUCGGUGGACCUCACCUACAGGUACCUGUGCCGCAUCACUACCACCACCACCACCACCACCACCAGCAACAUCAGCAACACCAGCAUCAGCAUGUCUACCAGAAUCACCAAUUCCUGCAUGUUGCCUCCUCCUCCUCCUGUGCCUCCAGUGCCGAGAGCUCACCCCGUAGUCUCUCCCCUUUGGUAGUAGAUGAGCCAGACUCCUACAUGGCAAUGACACCAAGUAACCGGUCAAGACCUAGCUCUGUUAACUUAGCACCAAGUUCCUCCCCUGCAUCUCACAUAACACCAUCACCCAGUCAAAGAUUGGCUCCUUCUUCCGGCAGUGGAUUGAAGGCUCCCUCUAACGAAGACGAGGGUUAUAUGAUGAUGGGACCAAGUCCAGGUUCCAAGAGGGCAACACCUAUUACCAUUACACCACAGGCAGGAAGCACAAGCGCAGAGCCUUCCACCUAUAUGUUGAUGAAUCCCUCAGCCAAUCGGCCAUCACCUUCCUCCUGUAACAGCCCCAGCUUAGCGUGGGCUCCUGCACCUAUGUCCAUCUCACCCAUCGGAGGAGGUGGAGGUGGUGCCUUCACCACCAAUUCCUUGGGGAAGUCCCCUGACAAAAAGCACAGGAACUCUGCAGGACAGGAGGAUGCCAGCCUGCUGAAGGUCGGUUCAUCAUCCCAUCAGAGGUCACACAGUGAACCCGUCGUAGAUACAUAUUGCAAUAUGGAGUUUGAAGCAAAAGGCAGUCAAGUCUCACAUAAAGCCUGCGAGAAUAACAACAUCAAUAAGAAGGAUGUGACACAGAGGCAUAGUAUGCCCCCAAUGGAACCAAAGUACAUUAAUGUGAAUUAUGAGGAGAAGAAUGAGCAGUUGGAGAGUAGCGUGCAGGUAACUGUAGAUGCCCCAGACUGUAUAGAAGGUAAUGCUAUGGUAAGGAACAUUGUUGAAAGUGCUAACAAAGGUCUUGAUGUUGUCAAGAAUGGAUCGCCAGAAAGUGGUGUAAACGGGGAGUACAUGAACAUGAGCUUUGGGAAGGGUAGGAAUGGACCCAAAGGUAUCACUGAUCUGAGCAAGAGGCAGGUUCCACCCUUGCUCCUGGAUCCAAUGACUCACCCAGACAGUCAUGAUUACAUCAAUGUCCAAACGGACAUUCGGGAGGGUGUUGUUAAGUCAAGUCCGCGUCACUCCCCUGUCAGUCCACCAUCCCCUUCGUGGUUGCAGAGACCUGUUGCUGAGCAGCUCUUGAGGAAGUCUCUGGAAGACUUAUCCUUCUCACAGCUCAGCAACAGCAUCCCAUCCAGAGGCAGUGCAAACUCUCUGACAGGGGUUGGCAGCAACCGAAACAGUGAUACCAUGAGCCCUGGGGCUCUUUCAUCUCAUCACUCAUCACGUCGUUCCAGCCAGUCUUCACUGAGUGGUGAGAGAGAACUUAACUACAUUGAUGUCGACAUCGGACAACCUGCUUCAGAAAAAUCGGGCAGUUCCACACCCACUUUGCGUGAAAAACGUUCGCGAUCGCCCUUCAGACGCAUCCCAAAUGAGGAUAAGAAUUGCGAUCAAGUUAAUUAUUCCACAAUUGAUUUUACAAAGUCUGAAGGACUAAGAAGUGUGACGAGCACCUUGCGUGAUGCUCGCUAUUAACAACAUUUCAACUCGGAUAUUGAUGCACUUCAGACAUUAUAACUUGAUGGAAAUUUUUAUGAAAUUUUGUGAUAUACAUUGAAGUACAUAAACACUUUUCAGAGCUUUCGUACUUUACUUUUUUGAGGUUGGAAAACAAGCGAUAAGGCUUACAAUUGUUUUUUCCUCUCUUUUCAAUACCUUGUUGGCCGCUGUUACAUACUUUGUUCAAGUACUAGUAAAUGUACAGAGCAUAAUUUAUGCAUUAUUAGUAGAAAGAAAUAUAUGUAUAUGCAGAUGGGUAAAAAAUGUACCCACCCACUUCCCAUUCUUAUAUUAAGAGCCCCCUUUAAUGGGAAAAUAAGCCCUCAAAAAGAAGAAAGAAAAAGAACAUUGUCUUUUGCUUUUACAGUUCAGUUAUUAAACAAAAAAGAAAAAUUCAGUUUGAUUCCUUGAUGUAAUUAACCAUCAAAAUAUAAAAUAAAGUUUUUCCAUGAGCUCUCAAGAUUGUAAAGCACCAGGAACGUAUUCAAAUAGUUUGUCUUAUUCUUUUUACAUUGGUGUGAGCCCUACAGAUUUUCUUUAAAGUACAUGGUAUGUACAGUGUAAAGAUUUCUAACAAAGUGAGUUUGAUACUCUUUACUUGUUCACAGAACACUAGAGUUGUAUUUUAUGCAUAGAUAAAUAUGCAGUUCAUUCAUUCAUAGCUGCCUUUAUGAUAAAGAAGAAAUAGGGCUUUUGUGUUUAAUACCAAUGUGGGUAUACUCACGAUAAAUUUGAAGCCCAUUUUGAUUUUUGAUAUUUUGUAUGAUGGUGUUGGUAAGCAUAUUUGGAACAAGGACAAAUGUGUAGGUAUAUGUAGGCAUACAAUUGAUGAAAUUAAUGUUGGUUUUAUAUUUUGGUAAUCGUUGCAGUUUAAACUCCCAAAAUAUGCAAAGGGAGUAACCUGUGCAGUCUGCCCACAUCAUGGUAUUACAUGUAACUGCUCUUGUCCAGGGGUCAUGUAUAAGCUGUAAAAUCUUAUUCGAGUUAUAAUGUUAACAAUAUUGAGCCAUGACUGGUAUUGUAAUUUGUGCAUAUGUAUGUGUUUCUUUUUUCUUAUGUAACAGUUGAUGAAAUGAAUUGUCUGUACAGACAGAAAUGUAAAUUUGUAAAUCAUGACUGUGUCUUUUAUUUUUCUCCUGACAAUCAAGUGUGCUACCUAAACAACUCAGUGUAAUGAAAUCUCAGAAUGAACUCCGGAAAAGUUAAUGAAUUCAAACCAGCAUUUUGUUGGUGUUCAAAUAUCAUGAAAGUUUGUUUUGUUUAUGUGCUGAUAGAUGUAUUAUUAAUGCAAUUGUAUGAAUACAAUAUUGACACAAUAUGGAUUCAAGAAACAGAGUAUAUAUUGCAAUUAUUUUGAAGAAAAAAAAGUUUUAAACCUUUAAAUCUCAAAUUUAAUAGCAAUGGAUUGCGGGAAUACUGGAAUAUGUGUUAUGUCCAUACUUUGUUCGUUUUAUGUAGUGUAUAAUCCAGUGUACACUUUAGAAAUGUGUAGCCUCAAUUUUAAUAAGCUGCCUAAUAAUAAAGGGUAUUCAAACAUUCAACUAAUGGCUGCCUUCCCUGUGUACGUGCACCCGAGUCCAAAGAGGUAACAGUGGAUGAAAUGCCUUUUCUAUAGGCAUUAAGAUUUGACCAGCGUUUUAACCACACAACUUCAAGAUUCAUAGCUUAGUGGAUAGUGGACUGCUGCAUCGUGCCAUGUUAAAGUCAUGCCAUACCCAUUUUUAUAUGUAUCUUUAUGGUGUCAAAAUAUGCCCCGCAAUCAUAGCUUAUUCCAAACAAGUCAGUAUUAGGGGCAUUUGAUUGCUGCUAGUUUGUAAUUGAAUAUCGUGUACCAAAGUGUGCUUACAAGGACUUCUCAUUUCAUUGCGUAAUACAUGUACCUUUAUGUCUUGAUAAACCUGUCACAUACUGAAGUGUUGGGCUAUCGAUUUACUGAAAGUACUUACAUCUAUUAUUACUAGUAAUGUACAAGUGUAUGAUAGUAUAUGUUUUUCAUUAUUAUUCAGGGAAAUUGAAUUGAACAGUACAAGGUGACGACCAUGGAAAAGGUGGAGUACAUAUUUUUGUAAUUGAUUGAGACAGAAAUAGACAUUUAUCACAAAUUUGUAAUUUUUGCUUUUCAUAUACAUUGAGUGGAUAUCUACAGUUGUAUUUUGAUGUUUUGCGCAAGAGCAUUUAAAUUUUGACUUUGGUCAUUUGAUGCUUAUCAUACCUACACAUACAACAUGUGUUGUGUAGUGUCUCUACUUAAAUGUUGGCCAUACAACAUGUCUAAAUACUAAUUCAUUCAAAUUAUUAUAUCUUACAGAAAAUAGGAAUCCAUGCAGUAAUGCUCUAUUACUAUUUAAAACAAAAUUUUAUCUUUCUCUCACCAAUGAUACCAAUUUGGGAUCUUGUCAAUUUAAGGGUAUGAACUUUCUUUGUGCAGGUGUCUCCAUCUUCCUCUUCUUUUUCAUUUUCUUCUUCUUCUACUUCAGUUUCUUAUUUCACCCUUGUAUUCUUUUGAUUUUUUCCUUUCUGUUUUGAACCUUAAUUUUGUCUAAAGUCAGAUGCAUAAUGACAUAUAGUCUUUGCAUAAUAAUUUGCUUACACAGUUAUUGAGUAUUGAGAAAUACAAUAUAUCUAAUGAAAAUACUAGUACUGGAUGUUUAUCUGUAUUUGAUAGUGUUUCAAAAUUUGUCAUUUAUUGUUCUUUGUGUGCAAAGACACUUUCUGAAUGGGAAAAAAAAUUAUGGAAAAAAGGAAUUUGUGCCUUUUCUAUGCUUGAAUGUUUUUGAAAUAUAUGUGAAAUCAUGUUGAUUCACUUUAAUGAGAAAGUACAUAGUUUCAUAAAUUUUGAAAAAAAUAUCUUGUCUAUAUUUUUUGCUUACUUACAUCUCUGUAUUGUGAUAAUGAAAUGUAUAUGUGGUCAAAAAACGACCGUGUACUUCUUUUAUGAUAGAUGUACAAAUUCUUACAUCUUGGUGACUAAUUUGACUUUGAUUAUAUUUUUAGAUGAAUUUGUGCUAUGUAACGAUGUUUGAUAUGAAUUCUUCUAGUGUACAAGUGGACAAUCUCACAGUUUUAUUUAGUACAACACAAAAGUACUGAUUUCAUGAUAAAUAUCAAUUUGAUUACAAGUGUUGAUUAAUUGUUGUUUGAUUUAUACUAUCUUAUCAUGAAGAUGUAUUAAUUGCCAUUCAUUGCCAUUUGAUUAUUGUAUAUGAAACGAAGCUUUAUUGAAAUUUAUCUUACGUGUGCUACGAUCAUGCUCGAUGUGUAAUAUCUCUACUCUGUUUAUGUUGAAGUGUAAUUUGUUAAAAGUCGUCAUAUUUUACAUGUAACAAUAUGUUAUGCCCGUUAUUGGGAGAAGGAACUUUUGAUCUUAUGUUUAUUUUUUUCUUAUUUGAAUGGCUUUUUUCAAUAGAGAAUACAAGACAGAUGGAAAAACAUAAAACUGUGCCAUAAAAUAACAAACAUUGCUUUGUAAAACGUUGUAAUUUGAUUAUAUGUAAUUGUCAUGUUUAUAAUUAUUAUUAUUGUAUUGUUUGCAGGGGAAAGUGUCAUGGAUAAUUCUAAAAUGUGGCCAAAACUAUAUACCUUUUACUCGCUCUAUACUUUGCUAAUCCUGGGGUAACAUCAGUGCUUAAUUCAUUGCAUGUAUUUUUUGAUCUACUUCAUUUCUCUUUACCUACCUAUUUUAUAAUUGCCAUUCUAAUGCCAAUUAGGACUGCCCCCUAUAGCUAGAAAAGUUCUUUGGACCUUUGUUGCCCCGGCAACAGCUGGGAACCUCCCUUCUUCUUUAUACGACCAUGCCAGCGCGAAUACUUCCUCUUUCCUUCUGCCAAGCGUGAAUUCAUGCCCCCCCCCCCCCUCCAGGGAGUUCUGAAAAGCUAAGGUAAUUUACCCAUACACUUUUCUGAUUCUUGCAAUCAUUGUUCUUUUGAUGCAAAAUUCAAAUUUUGAUACAAAAAUGUCUGUAAUUUUGUUAAUAAAGAAUAUUUUGCCACCAUACUGUUAGGAAAGUUAUCAAUUAUGAUAUUUUACAACAUUUUGGUCCUGUUACAAGUUUUGAGUUUUUCACCAUGCACAUUUCUGCAACGUCCUCAUACCCUUAUAAAAGACAGAUAAAUACUCAUGCCUACAAACUGUCAAGGAUAGUUGAUUUUGAGAAUCCAAAGUGAUUGGAGUUCUUUGAGAUUUUAUUUCAGCAGUCAUUGAUUUUAUUUCAGAAGUCAACUUGAUUUUAGCCAUUGGUGUUACUACUGAAAUGUGGUCAAGAGCUAAACUACAUGUAAUAUCUGUUAUGUCUCCUUCCCUUUUCUUUGAGAGUGGUUUCAAAAAGUUGUCAAUGUCUAUUGUGUGAGUCAGUGGACUUUGGAUCAAAUGGUUUGGCAUUUUACCACUCUUCAAUGGAAUGAAACUCCUUGAAUACAUGAGAACCUUAUUGUGGGAAGCUUGUCUCAAGAGCUGGGCCCAUUUCACUGAAAACGAGAUGUACAUUUGAACCGUUCCUAAGUCGGUGUCCUCACUGGAGUUCGUUUAGAAAACUUAUUGUAAAGUGAUGCUGCAGGUCUCAUCACAUUAACUUGUGCUAAUGAGGAGCCAUCAGCAAUGAAAAGCUCAUAUUUGUAGCACAUCUAAUAUCUUUCCUCAUGAAACGGAAGGAGGGUUGAUUUUAAUUAAUUAUCGUUAUUGCUCAAUGAGACCAGCCCUUAAAGCUGUAAGUACAGAACGGUAUAUUUGUAUAGUUACUGUAGCUGGUUUAUGUAUAAUGUAAAUGUAUCUAUCAAGUAUUCUACAUACUUCAUUUUUAUUAAAAUGUCUUCUUCCUUUACUUAUAAUUUGCAUCUUAGGUCUACUGCUUUCUUUGUCCACUUCUGACUACUGGCCAGAUCGAAGCUCAGUAAGUUGUACAGAAGAUAUGUACAUGUAUUCAAAAACAAGAUGGUGUAAUUGAUCACUCUGUACUAUGUCAGCUGGUUUAUUUGCAUUAUUUCUUUCCUCGAUCAUGCCUCAAGUCGAAAGUAACUUGUUGUGUAUCACAUAACAAAAAACAAAAAACAAAUCAAAUUUGGUAGAUUAAAUUGACAGAAACUAUAA